CCGACACCGCUACCGACACUUCGACAUCUGUUUCACGCGACAAAUCUCCAGUCUCUCAAAAAAAUAAACGGGGCCAGCUUUUCCGAGAUGAUUUCGCUGCUAAAGUUACUCUUGACAUUUGCUGUAUUUGAUGUAACGUUUUCAUCGCCAGUAUUGCAGACACUCCAAGCACAGAAGAAACGGUUUUCGCCACCUACUGAAUCGGUUAUACCAUUAGAACAUGAUGAAACGGGAAAAUGCAUCUACGUAAAAUCCGAAGAAGGCAUCUAUUUAUUCUCUUCUCCCGGGUCUCCCCAGGUGUGUGGCUUAUACGUGAUCGCUGAUCCCCAGCACAGCGUUCACUUCACGUUCCAUGAGUUCCGUGUCUCCUGCGAAAAAGGAGGACUUCUUUCGGUUGUUGAUGGUUGGGAACUCAACGGUCAAUUCUUUCCUGGAAAUGAAGAUCAUCCCAAACCUCCAGAAAAGCGUUUUGCUGAAUAUUGCGGAGAAAAUAGACCAUGGAGCACAAUUUCGACUUCCCAAAAUGUCGGCCUUCUGGAAUUCAGACUACCAGCCAAAGGGGACGGUUUUACUGUGUCUGUCACAUUUAGCCAGAAUCCGAAACCGUGUAAUGCUGUUUUACAACAACCUUCUGGAGUCUAUACACUGCGGAACUACGGACAGAGAGUCAACUGCACAAUGUCCAUCAUAUUUCCAGAGACUUUCCAGAUCCUUGCAAGCAGUGUUGGACGCCAUUCUACUCCCAUCACUGGAAGGACAAUGGAUGUUGAAACUGGAAUCGUUAAAAAAUGCAAAAAAUUGGGACUUGAAGAUUAUGUGGAAGUCCGAGGAGGGGAUGGUUUAGAUCCAAGCAUGAUGUCAGUGGCUGAAGACUUUUGUGGAACAGACUCCGUGCCAGGAAGAAGUUCGGUGGAUGUUGCUUGUGGGAAUUCAGCGGUGCGUCUCGUUUCCAGCGGAAAGUUUGAAAAUUCUGUGACAGUUAGUUUUGAUUUGUUAAUGGAUUGGGGCUCUCCGAGCUUAGUUUGCCCGACACUUCUAGAAACCCCUUGAAGACAUACUUUCGUUGCAGUCUUCAAGGAGGUAUGCCAAAAAGAAGUUGUAAUAAUAUUCAUUUCUUAUAGAGAACAUAAUUUGAAAAAAAAUGUGCUUUGAUUUUCCUUAUGUAUUUGAAAGGACACCUUGGUUUUGAGAAUGUAAAGAUAUUUUACUGUAUGUAUUAAAUAUAGAUUAAUAGAUGAAGAUGUAAAUUUUAACUUUAUGUUUAUGGCUAUUAAAAUCUUGACUUUUUCUUUAAAGAAAAUUACUUUA